AUGAUCUAUGGAAUUCUACUUGAAAGUUGCCGCGAUGGUAUUUGUCAUGCGUAUGGAUCAGCAACAUGGCAAAGAGUCGUUGAAGAAUUAAAUUUUGAAUCUGAAUCAUUUACAACACUUGGUCGUUAUGAUGAAGCACUUGUUGAAAGAAUUGCUGAAUGUCUUUCUGAAGCAUUGGGUGACGGUGGAGUAGAUUUUUACAUGCAAUUUUUUGGAGAAUGCUUUGUAACUUUUUUUACAAAUUAUGGUUAUGAUAAAAUCUUACGUGUCGCUGGCCGUCAUUUUCGAGAUUUUCUUUUAUCAAUCGAUCAACUUCAUGAUUCGAAUCGAUUCAGCUUUCCAAAAAUGAAAUCCCCAUUAUUUCAUGUUACAGAAGAAGAUGAGAAUGGCGCAGUUCUACAUUAUAAAUCAAAACGUCGAGGUUUUCAACAAUAUAUCAUUGGGCAAUUGAGAGCAUGUGGACAUCGUUUUUUUAAACAAGAAAUAUUGGCACGUGUUCAAGAUGAUUUAUCGUCAAAUGAAUGCAAUCAUAUUGUCUUUCGUUUGGAUUUCAAUAAUACUAGCGGUAGUAAAACAAAAAGAAUUGUGCCGAAUCCAAAGUUAUCUGAUGUAACCAGUUCAACAUUUUUCAAAGUAUUUCCAUUUUCUAUUGUCAUUGACGCACGCAUGCGUAUACAUCAUAUGGGAGAUUCCAUCAAAGAAAUUUUUCCUGUUGGUACCGUAUUAAUCGGACGUCACUUCGAUGAUGUUUUCCGUCUUAUUCGGCCGGAUAUCGUACUUGAAUGGAAUCGAAUUAUAUCCCAUGGUCGACAUAUAGUAUUCGUGAUUGAAAAUCGAAUACCACUUCGUCCAAAUGCAUCUAUAGUUGCAAAAAAAUUCGGUGCAUCAAGUAAUGCACAACUUCGUCUCAAAGGACAAAUGAAAACAGUACUUGCUUGGAACAUGGUUGUUUUUCUUUGUCGUCCCAUAUUAACAACAACAGAAGAAAUGCUUUCUGUUGGCUUGUUUUUGCAUGAUUUAAAUUUUUAUGAUGGUAGCAGCGAAAUUCUUAUUGCUGGUAUGCAACAUACUCGAACACUACAAAUAGCGAUCGAUAAACAACAAGCAUGGGUAGCAAAAUUAAAAGGUUCAAAACGUGAAUUACAAGAAUGGCGUCGAAAAGGCAAACGUCUUUUAUAUAAUAUGAUGCCAAGACAUGUUGCGCAACUUUUACAAGACGGCGUUUUGGCCAAUUCAAUAUGUGAAUCUCAUAAAUUAAUAACUUGUCUUUUUGCAUAUUCAAUUGGCUUUAAAGAUGUUGUACAAAAAUUAAAGCCAGAUCAAAUCGUGGAAUCAAUAAAUGCUACUGUCAAUGCAUUUGAUCAAUGUUCUGAACAUUUUGAUGUCUUUAAAGUUGAGACAAAAGCAGAUUCAUCUUAUAUGGUAGUAGCUGGCAUACAAGAUCGUUCAGUUGGACAACGACGUGGAUCGACAACUAGUGGAUCAACAUUACAUAGUGGGACACUUACCGAAGAACUUGGUGGUGAUAUUAAAAAUCCAUUGGGACUCAAUCAAGCAGAAAUCAUAGCAGGACUUUCACUUGAAUUAAUUAAAAGUUCUAAGAGAGUUAUAAGUCCAUUAACACAGCAGCCGUUUCCUGUUAAAAUUGGUUUUCACUCGGGUUCAGCUGUCGGUGGUAUUGUUGGUGCGAAAAAUUUUCAAUAUUGUCUUUUUGGUGAUACAAUUAACACGGCAAGUCGAAUCACAACAACAGGCGAGGCGGGACGAGUUCAUGUGAGUGAUACGUCUUAUGCACUUCUCAGAGAAUCACCUUACUUUGAAAUUCAAAGUAAAGGCAAAACAGAACUCAAAGGUAAAGGUACUGUUGAAACAUAUUGGUUAGUCGGUCCCAAAGCUGACUAUAUGGCUGCUGCUGAACAAGAUCCAUUUCGAAUACAUGAAGAAAGUCAAUCAGCAGUCGGUCAACAUCAAGCAAAUAUGUAUGAGAAUACUGCUAUACAGAAACUUGAUCCGGACAAGACACGAAAUGGUUCACCACCAGUACACCGAGCAAAUAUGGCAAGAAGACCAUCAAUUGCUAGUGGUACCUGCCCAUUUAGUGGACAACAACUUGGAAAUAAACCUAAAUAA